AUGAUCUUCAACAAGGUAGCUUUGGCCGCGGCGGCCAUGAUGGCUUCUUCUACUGGCGUGUUCGUCAAGGGAACUCAACCGGGCGGCAGCAACAGAUGCGGAACACCACACAUGACUCCCGAGCAGGUGCAUAACUACAACAUCCUCGCCUCUCAGUCGAUGAACAAGCUCGAUGCCCUAAAGACAAGCGCCCAAAAGACGGGAGGGAGUUCGAUCCAAAAGGUGGAAAUCGAGGAUUUGCAGGAGAAGGAAAUCAAAGUCUAUGUGCACGUCUUGGCGAACGGAACCAAGGUGGAAGAUGGGUAUCUCGAGGAAUCCCAAAUCCACGAACAAAUCUCGGUCCUCAACGCCGACUUCAGCUCCGCCAAGCUCUCCUUCCGCCUCCAAAACAUUUCCUACACCAUCAACCAGACCUGGGCCGUCGCCGAGGACGAAUACGGCUUCAAGUCCGCCCUGCGCAAGGGCGAAUACACCGACCUCAACCUCUACUUCCCCAUCACCCUCCCCGACUCCCUCUUAGGGUACGCCUAUUUCCCCGUCUUCCUGUCUCAAUCCGGCGUCGUCUCCGACCCGACCGACCCUGCAAACCCGGAACAAGACAUGUUCACCCUCGACGGCGUCGUCAUCCGGUCCGACACAUUACCCUUUGGCACCUUCGCGCCCUUCAACCUAGGCAGGACGGCCACCCACGAAGUAGGCCACUGGUUCGGGCUGGACCAUACGUUCGGCGCGGGAGGGUGUGAGGGGAAAGGGGACUUGAUUAGCGAUACCCCCAUGGAGGCCAGUCCGGCUUAUGGAUGCCAGGUCGGACGCGACUCGUGCCCGAAUCAGGAAGGGUUGGAUGCGAUUCAUAACUUUAUGGAUUAUUCGGAUGAUGAUUGCUUGACGGAGUUUAGUCCCCUGCAGAAGGCGUAUAUGCAUAGCGCGUAUGAGACUUAUCGGCAGAAUGUUUAUGGGGUGAAGAAGUGA